UAUAUAUAUAUAUAUACAGUACUUAGUUACUCAUUAACUACUUCUUAAAAGCUACUCACAAUAUCAACUCCUUCAUAUCAUCAUGCAGAAGCUCUUUGCGCCGGCGCCCCCUCCACCGACGGAGCUGGGCAGGUACCGCAUCCUGUCGUCGACAGCGGGGAUCCGGGUGUCGCCACUCCAGCUCGGGGCGAUGUCCAUCGGGGACGCGUGGUCGGAGUACAUGGGCAGCAUGAGCAAGGAGCAGUCGUUCAAGCUGCUGGACGCGUUCGUCGAGGCGGGCGGCAACUUCAUCGACACGUCCAACAACUACCAGGACGAACAGUCGGAGGAGUGGAUCGGGGAGUGGAUGCAGGCCCGUGGGAACCGUGACCAGCUUGUCAUCGCAACCAAGUUCACCACCGACUACAAGAGCCAUGCGCUCGGCAAAGGACACGCCGUCAACCACUGCGGCAACCAUCGGCGGAGCCUGCACAUGAGCGUGCGCGACUCCCUGCGCAAGCUGCAGACCGACUGGAUCGACCUGCUGUACCUGCACUGGUGGGAUCACUCCACCUCCAUCGAGGAGAUCAUGGACAGCCUGCAGAUCCUCGUCGAGUCCGGCAAAGUCCUGUACCUGGGUAUCUCCGACAGUCCGGCCUGGGUGGUGGCCGCCGCCAACACCUACGCCCGCGCGCACGGCAAGACCCCCUUCUCCGUCUACCAGGGGCGGUGGAACGUCAUGCUGCGCGACUUUGAGCGCGAGAUAAUCCCCAUGGCGCGUCAUUUCGGCAUGGCGCUCGCUCCGUGGGAUGUGCUGGGUAGCGGCCAUUUCCAGUCCCGCAAGGCGCUCGAGGAGCGCAAGCGGAACGGGGAGAACCUCCGUUCCAUGGCGAAGAGCGAGCAGAGUGAGCAAGAGGUCCGCGUCAGCGAAGCCCUCGCCGCCGUCGCUGAAGAACACGGUAUCGAGUCCGUCACCGCCGUCGCUCUCGCGUACGUCCUCGCCAAGGCACCCAACGUCUUCCCCCUGGUCGGUGGCCGCAAGAUCGAACACCUGCACGACAAUAUCCAGGCUCUCAGCCUCCGCCUCACCGACAAACAGAUCGAGAAGCUCGAGAGUGUCACCCCGUUCACCCCUGGUUUCCCAACCAAUUUCAUCGGCGUGGAUCCCAAAGUCACCGGCCAGUCCCCAUUCCUGCUGCUUGCCUCGUCUCAUAUUGCCUGGCCGCAGUCGCCCAAACCGGUGGGUUAUGGGAAUUGAGAAUCAUGAUUCUGCGUAAAUAUGCGUCAAAAUGCCUAAAUAAGCGUUUGUGUAUGAUUCUCUAUGAUAUCAGUCGUUUCGUUGGAUGGAAAAGUGGAAGAGGCUGCGUUGGAGAUCGAGUCAAAAUGGACACUCCUUUUACCUCUUUAUUAGUGAUGCUCUUCCUGCUUGAAAGUACAAUAAGAACAUUCUACCCGCCCAUCUGCGCGGUAAAAGGGCAAGACUAUCUCACUCGAUCCUGACACUGAUGCCC